AGAAGAGGAAAAGGUAUUUUUGUGGGGAAUCUUCCAUGGAAGUACGAACGCACAGCAUUGAGCGGUGUAGCGCAACAGAAUCAAUUUCUCAUUUUUCCUUUUUAUUAUUUCUCUACUUUCAACUUCUUGCUUUCAAUUCCUUCUUUCUUUCCUUUUUUCUUUUUCUUAUUCAUUCUUAAUCAGCAAACACAUUCUUGUAAGCAAAGCAAUCGCCCAUUUCCCAACUUCUCUCUCUCUCUCUCUCUCUCCCUGCUCUUCCUUUUCCUCCUCCCCUCUCCGGUGGGUCGCCACCCUUUUCGACCGACUUCCGACCAACCCUCUCUUUGAUUCUUUUCACCUUCUCCUCAAUCCUCCACAACUUCUUUUAACUCUUCCAUAACUGGCUCCAGGUUGUUGAUCAACAUGCUCAAAUCAACGGAAGAACUAGGUGAAAAUGGAAGUAGGAGGCAUGAAACAAGUGAGAACAAUGAAUAUGUAAGGCUGGUCAUUGCCAAUGAAACAAUUCCUUUGGAAUUAGAGAUUCUACAGCCUCAAGAAAAAUCAGAAAACACAUUUUCUUUGAAGUGGUGGAUCAAAGUCUCACUAUGGAGCAUUAUUAGUAUUGUAUUUCUUCUUGCUUUCUUCAAGUGGGGAGUGCCCUUUCUUUUUGAGAAGGUUAUCAUCCCAAUCAUGAAGUGGGAAGCUACUGCCUUUGGUAGACCUAUGCUUGCACUAAUGCUUGUGGCUUCUCUGGCAUUAUUUCCCGUAUUUUUUAUUCCCUCUGGCCCUUCAAUGUGGUUGGCGGGUAUGAUCUUUGGCUAUGGCCUUGGGUUCGUUAUAAUAAUGGUUGGAACAACUAUUGGGAUGGUCCUGCCAUAUUUAAUUGGAUUACUUUUCCGUGAUCGAAUUCAUCAAUGGUUAAUGAGAUGGCCUAAGAAAGCUGAAAUGCUCCGGCUUGCUGGGGAAGGGAGCUGGUUUCGUCAGUUUCAAGUUGUUGCACUCUUUAGGGUUUCACCAUUUCCCUACACUAUUUUCAAUUAUGCAAUUGUCGUAACAAGUAUGAGGUUUUGGCCCUACUUGUGCGGGUCAAUUGCAGGAAUGAUACCUGAGGCUUUCAUUUACAUUUACAGUGGUCGGCUAAUGAGGACACUAGCAGAUGUACAAUAUGGAAAACAGCAUCUGACAACUGUUGAGAUUGUGUAUAACGUCAUCUCCUUUAUCAUCGCCAUCAUCACUAUUGUUAUUUUCACUGUUUAUGCAAAAAGGAUGCUGAACAGCCUUCAAAUGGCAGAAGAUGAUAGAAAGUAUUCGGUCUCCCACCCUGGCUGUUUUGAGGUGGAGAAUCUUUCACAUGAAAGAUCUCCAAUCAAUGUGAUGAAGGAAGAUAGAGCGGUAGAAGAGGUUGUAGCUGAGAUUACCCACAAAAUAAGAGUUGCUGGAAUACUUGAUAAAGUGGAAAGGGCUCCUAAACCAAGCGAUCAGUUUAGAGGGUGAUGAAGGAAAGCGUGGAGGCUUUUUAGUCAGAAUAUUGAUCUAUUUCUUGCAUCAAUCAACGAGGAUUUCAACUAACUAGGGUGGAUAUUGUGGCUAUGCUUGUCUAUAGUACAUUGUUUACCCACCUUCGGCUGCAAGCUCAAGCUCAAGCUCAAGGCGCCCUCCCUCGUGUCAUGAUGCAAUUUAAUUAACUUUUAGUUUGAAUAUAAUUUUUGAGCGCCUUCUCACUUUGGGCAUCUUCACUUAUUGUAAGUGAAUGACCACGGAAUGUACUAUAACCUACAAUCGCCCUUAACUAUACUAUCAAACUUCAUUUUCCCUUGCCUCAAUUUCCAAAUGUUCUCUUUUUAAGCCUACGUGUGGCUCAGAAUGAAGGCUGCUCUAGUUUCUUCAC